CAACGAUCCGUUCCAGUCAGAUGUUCUGCACAAACGCCUAACGCCUAAUAGACCGCGGGAGGCCUGAAGCCCGACGACUGACAGGGAUUAGGGCAAGGCUUGUCUCACCACACGAUGAGUGGCUGCGGCCACUCAGCCCCAUCUCCACAUGGACGCAGAAGCUUGGAGUGCAGAAGAAAUAGUUCAAUCUAGGUAUCGGCUCGGCCUUGGUCCGGGGAUAAACGAUACGAUCCAGCCAUUGAGGGCUGGACGCUACUCAGGUGCAAGGCUCAGCUGAAUACCGCAGCAACAGAGGUCGAAGGGCUAUGCAGAAGGAGAAGGGCCGGAAGUAAAAGCUAUAUAAAGGCGUCCUUUCCCACUCAAACUUGUGGGAAUAGAAACACAGCUCCAUCAAUCCAAUCCAAUUCAAUAAUCCAAUUCAAAACUACUCAGCUCUACAUCACCAUGAAGAUCUUCAGCAUCAUCCCCGUCCUCGCCUCCCUCCCUGCUCUCUCUGCAGCCUAUGCCUCGAUUGGUGGCCAGUGCUCUGGUAACUCAUACGACUGUGCAGACACAUACCACAGCAUCGCUGUAUGCAACGGCGCAACCUGGCAGGUUGCUGCCACUUGCGGGGAAAAAUUCUGCAUCUGGCCGGCUGGUGAGCUGUCGCCUCGCUGUGAGCCUUAGAGGCUUAUGAAUGGGCCGUGCUUGAGAUUGCCGGUUCAUAUACGAUUCCACGUCUUGCCAAAGUUUGAUCUAAUAGCUCUUUGGUGACUGUGUUUUGUCGGACUGAAAGAGAGUCUUAUUUGGAGGCGUAUUCGGUGUAUAUAAAAUAUAAAAUCGAAAUAAUUACGUUUCAAUCAAUAAUUCAC